GUGUCUGGGUGGGAGUGGUCUUUUACAGAGUCCAAACAGCUCAGCUGAGAAACCAUGCGAACACUUUUCACCUGAGCCACAGAAUCAUACUGUACCUUACAUAAAUUAGGAGAACAUCUGAGGAUCGUGAGGAGGCCAUACAGUUUGGAGGCUAAGAAACAGAUGAGAGAAUCUGUGCCCGUUUCGAAAAAACUAUGGAAACACUAAGAGAAACCUGCCAAACCAACCACAGAGGAAGCAGCAGGGGGUUUUGUCUGCCAAGUUUGAGCACCAGACACUGGAACCACGCUGCCCCCCCUCUGUCAUCCAGCCUGCUGAGUAUUAGGACCCCACACCAGCCAGUGCCCCCCAGAAACAGGCGGAGCAAGGAGUGUGUGUCCCCACCAUCACACAGCCUGCGGUCUGUGACGGAUUCAAGCCAGCUCAGCCGAUCAGCCCCCACCAUCAUGGAACCACUGCUGUGUCUCAGCACUACCACACAGACCAGAGCACACACUCAGACCCGUUUAGGCUUUCAACAAGACCUAAAUGGUCAUAAGGGUUUUGGUUCAGGUUUGCCCACCCGAGCGCCAAAGUUUUUAACUCCACUUUGUGGAAAACCCAGAGACGGCACAACUCUGCCAACUCUUAAGCCAUGCAUUCCUCUGAAGCCCAUAAGCAGGGAUGCUGUAACUACUAACACUGGCAGUGAGGAGAACUGCUCCGGCAGCAGCUGCCAGAGUUCCCUGAAUCUGGAGGAUGACAGGAACAUCUAUAAGGAUUCCCAUUCUGAAAAAAACCUGAGGCUCUUUUGGGAUGAAUCUUUGAAACAUUCAAAAGAUUUUAAGUCCCCUCAAAAAGAUCUGGCUGAGGAGACAAGACCAGAUUUAAAAAUGUAUCCAAGAGAUGGCCCAGGAAGAUCGACCAGUACACUCGAAGGAGACUUUAUAGUAAAAGAAAAUCCUCUUCUCUGCCGUAAAAAGUCUGGGAAAGUUCGUCAUAAUAAAAACUGUACGAUAGACUCGAUUGAGAGAGAGCCCUUGAAAACUCAAGACUGUGUACAGAAAGAGAACGGUACAUCUCCUAGACACUUGGAGACUUCCGGAUUUUCAACGGAGGACAAGCAUGAAGUUUUAUCUGACAACAUUUAUGUUCCAGAUGGAAAUCAAAGAUGUAACCAGCAAACAGAGACAUUUGAGAAUGUUUCUUCUGCUGACGAUUCCAAGCAAGGAAAGGACAUUAAAGACUCAAAGCUUGAGUUUAGUAAAAUGAGAAAAACUACCAUGAACUCUGAGAUAAGAAAAAACAAUCAAAUGAACCAGUCCUUCCACAUCAAAGUGUGUAAAAACAGCUUGGAAAAUGUUGAAUUUACUGGUAGGGAGGCGAGAGUCGUAGCUGAUCAUUUAAAAACUAAAGUUGCCAAGCGGCCAAAGAGUGAAACAGUUGACCUCAACAGGUUUAGCAGCAACACAGAUCAACAGCUCACACCAGCAAAAGAGCAGAAAAUGACACAUUCAAGUGAAAAAGCCCAACGGUCUAAGUCAGCUGCGGACAAGAACACCCACAGAGAAACGUUUCAACAGAUUCAGAGAAGGGAUGAAGAAGCAGCUGUCCGUGAGAUGUUCGUCAGCCCUGUGUUUGAAAACCUAAGAGUUUCCAGCUCCUGUGGGAAACCCAAAGAGAGAAAAUUGCACUGUGGACCCAGGAAGAAAGAGGAGCAGGUCACAUUGGUCAAAGAAAAGCCUUUUAACAGAGGAAUAAACAGAGUCAAGAGAGGCCCUGCAGGAAGUACAUCCAGUUCAGGUAAAGCCAAACCUGGCCCCUCCAAAACAAAACCUCCUCUUAUUGCUGUGUCAAAGGAAGCCGUCAACACCCAACUUGAAUUUAUCAAAGGUGUUGGUGACGUUGGUGACAUCUUUAGUGACGUUAGAGAUCAGUGUUGGAGCACCAAUCAAAAGUUAUCUACCAUGUCAACGGUUGGUAAGACAGAAACAUCCAGCAAGCUGCAAGUUGCUACGGCAACAGGAAACCACAGUCAAGUUCUGGAGUCAGCAUCAUCUCCAAGACCUCUACAGAUCGACACGAGGACUUCCGGCAGCAGGUGCCACACCCCCAUGUCACAGGUUUACCAAAAGUUUCUAGACGAGGCGGAGGAUGGCCCGCUCACAGAUGACCUGCUGCAGUGUCUGGCAGAAGAGCUAAUCUCAUUGGAUAAGAGGGAUUCUUCCAUGGGGAUAGAAAGCUCUGAACGGAGUAAACAAGAAGCUCCAUCAGGACUAAAUACAUUUGUUAAGGCUGCUGCUGUAAACCGUGAUGCUCGUCUGGGCUCUGAAUUGGCCAUCACUUGGAAAAAAGGCGAAGAACUCGGCAAGGGUGCCUAUGGCACAGUGUACUGUGGCCUCACGAGUCAGGGUCAGCUGAUUGCUGUUAAGCAGGUGACCUUAAACGCGACUGAUCAUGACGAAGCAAAGAAAGAGUACCGUCACCUUCAGAUCGAGGUGGAGCUACUUAAAACCCUCCAACACAUCAACAUUGUUGGCUUUCUGGGAACUUCGCUUGAUCAACACGUGGUCUCAAUUUUCAUGGAGUACAUCCCAGGAGGCUCCAUUGCCAGCAUCAUUCACAGGUUUGGACCACUGCCGGAACAAGUGCUGGCUCUCUACACUCAACAGAUCUUGGAAGGGGUGGCCUACCUCCACCGGAACAGGGUGAUUCAUCGGGACAUUAAAGGAAACAAUGUCAUGCUGAUGCCAACAGGGGUCAUCAAGCUCAUAGACUUUGGCUGUGCACGGCGUCUCAGUUGCUUAAACAGCACAUUUGGUAACAGUGCAGAGCUGAUCAAGUCGGUCCACGGCACUCCUUAUUGGAUGGCUCCCGAGGUCAUCAGUGAGUCAGGUUACGGCAGAAAGUCCGAUGUUUGGAGUGUUGGUUGCACUGUUUUUGAAAUGGCCACAGGGAAACCCCCUCUUGCACACAUGGACAGGAUGGCAGCUUUGUUCUAUAUCGGCGCUAGGAGAGGGUCGAUGCCAUCUUUGCCAGAUGGAUUCUCCCAGAAUGCAAAGGACUUUGUAAAAAUCUGCUUGAUCAGUGAGGAGAGACUGCGGCCGUCAGCUGGUCAGCUGCUGAAGCAUUCUUUCAUUCCUCAGAGGGAUUCGUGCUGUCUCUUUGGAAACAUGGAGGCAGAGAAAUCAUCGGCACCAGCCAGACAUCUGUAAAUUUAAGACGGUUUUGCCGGCCUUCCUCCACCUGAACCAAUCCUUCGUUACGGACUGGCCCUCAAUCACCAUCAGCAUCAAGACCAGUCUUCUCUGGUCAAAGCUUAUCCCACCAGCACGCAGGAUGCCUUCAGCCCAGAGCCUAACUGCCAAAGACUAUGGACUCAUUUCAUGCACAUUUUUUGUAUCACAAAUAAAGUUGUUUUUUUCUAAGCAUC